AUGGGUGAGAAGAGAGCACGAGAUCCCGAAAAAGAGGCGCCACCUGCGGAUGCGGUGGACGCAAUGGACGAGGGCAGCGGUGACGACGAGGACUUUGACAUGGUGGAUGUCGAGUUUGAGUGGUUCAAUUACGACGCCGAGGUCGACUUCCACGGCGUCAAAUCGCUGAUGCGACAGCUAUUCGACGUCGACGCGAACCUCUUCAACAUGUCGGCCCUCGCAGACCUCAUCCUGUCGCAGCCAACGAUUGGGUCGACGGUCAAGGUCGAUGGCAAGGCUACGGACGCAUACGCCAUGAUCACCGCCCUCAACACGUUCGAGCAAAGGGAAAAGGAGCCGAUGAAGGAGGUGCUGGGCUACCUCACCGAAAAGGCGCGGACGAACGAGGCCCUGGCCCUCGUGCCUGAGCUCAUCAACGGCGGCAAGCACGUUGGCCUGAUCUUCUCGGAGCGGUUGAUCAACGUACCGUCGGAAAUCAGCCCGCCCAUGUACUCGAUGCUCGUGGACGAGGUGGAGGCCGCCGUCGAGGACAAGGAGCCGUACGAGUUUUCGCACUAUCUGGUCUUGUCCAAAAUCUACGAGGAGGUGGAAUCAACGUUGGAAAUGGAGGACCGUAAACGAAAACGGGCCAAGGGCUCUUCUUCAUCGACAUUUUUCUUCCACCCCGAAGACGAGGUUCUGCAAAAGCAUGCCCUGGCACACGGAAGCUUUCGGUACACCAAGGAGGAGGACGCGGUGGCGGACAGCAAGCGAGCGUUCCAGGAAAUGGGAAUCAAGGCCUCUGGCUACUUGAUUCUAAUCGAGGCCAGCAAGUUUGGUGAUGCCGUCAAGGCCGUCAACGAUUACAUACGUCCUCCGCAAUAA